AUGGACAUGAAUUUAUAUAUUCAUAGUAUUGAAGUAGAACUAAAUGAACUUGAGAAAUAUACAAACAAUGUUCAUGAAGAAAAAGAAGAUAAUAUAAUUUAUGGUUUACAUAUAAAAGUAGAAAAUGAUCAAAAAAAAGAAAUUGGAAAUGAAAAAAUAUAUGAAACACCAUGGUACAUUUGUAUUAAGCAUGGACUUAAUGAAAUGUGUAUGAUGUCUUAUGAAAUGAACAUUUCUCACGCUUUUAACAUACUGGAUUGCAAUGAAACUCAAACUCUCAUUUUGUAUAUACUUCGAAAAGAUAUGAAAACGGACAAAGUAGAAUAUAUCCAUAGGCACGAGUUAAAUAUAAAGGAUAAGAAUUAUUAUGACAAAAAUAAUUGUAUUUAUUUUGAAAAUAAUACAAUAAAGGGGAAAAUAAAAUUGUAUUUAAAAAAUGGAAUAAUAUAUAACCAUUUAUUAAAUAAAAUAAAAUCAGACGAAUAUUAUAAGGACAUUAUUUUAAAAAAGGAAAUGCAAGAUAAAAAUGAGGGGGAGUUGAAAGAUGAAAAUUGCUCCGAAAAUUUUAUGGAAAAACCAAGUCAAGAUGAUAACGAUUUUUCAAGAAAUAAAAAUAUAACAAAUGAUUUUAACGAAAUUCUGAAUGCGCGUAAAACAUUAUACUGGGUAUAUUUAGAUGAUGAUAAUAAUGAACAGGGGCCAUUUAACAGCCAAACUAUUUUUAAUUGGAUUUUAAAUGAAUAUUUUGAAGAUAACACAUUGAUAAGAUUACAUGAUAAAAAAAAGUUUUACAACUUAUAUGAAAUUAUUGAUUGUAUAGAAAAAAAUGUAUUACUAAAUACACAAAAUGGGGGUGUUUCAAAUAAAGACGUAGAUGAACAAAUCGUUGAAAAUGUAAAGGAUGAUGAUUAUGAGAAAGAUUGUGAACAAGUAGAUGAAAAUUGCUCGAAAAAAUCCCCAAAAAAUGAAUAUAUAGAGGAAAAAGAAAGAUGUAUUGAGGAUUGCAAUGAUAUGCAAAUAAAAGAGAAUAAUAAUGGCGCCAAAUGCAUAAAUGAUGAAAAAAAAGAAGACAACAAUGAUAAAAAUAAGAAAAGUGUGAAAAAAAAAAGCAAACAAGUAAAAGUUCUAAAAAGAGAGCUAAAAAAAAUAAAAGAAGAGAUGAUCAAACUUAAAAAAAAUAAUUUAAAUGAAAAAUAUACGAUGGAAAAUUAUGAUGAAAAUAAGAAAAAGGAAAAAAACAAAUCGUAUGAAAUGCUAAAGAAUGAAAAAAUAUAUGAAAAAGGAAAAAUGAUUUUUAGGCAAAACAAUGAUAUAGUUAAAAAUGAGUACGAAAAUAAAGAAAAUAAUAAAAAAAAUGAUGAUUAUAAUGAUGAGAAUGAAAAUUCUGAUAUACAAACUAUGGUUCAAAGUUUGCUUAAUAAUACUAAUUACAAUAAUUAUGAAAAAGAUUGUGAUAAAAAUGACAAUUUUGAAAAAUAUUUAAAAGAAUAUGAAAAAUCAUCAAAUAAUUUUUAUAAAAAAAAUGUUGAAAAUAUAGAAAAACCAUUUAACGAUUAUAAUAUACAAGAUUAUUAUGAAAAAAAAAAAGGAAUUGAAAUUGUUAUGAGUAGUAUAAAUCAAGCUCAAGAGUGUAUAUUAAAUAUUAGGAAAAAAAAAGUAUAUUCAUAUUUAAAUAGAAUUAUUAAUUUAACAAUUCGUGAUCAAUCAAUUUAUAUUAACAAUGAUGAAACAAAAUUAAAUUAUAGUGAAUAUUUAAAUUUUGAAAAUAAUCCUCAAAAUUUUAAUAUUCAAAGCAAUGCUAAUUAUGUUAAAUGUCUUGAUAAAUAUAAACCAACUAUGAUUACACAAAAUAAUAACGAGAAUGAAAAUUGUAUAUUAAGAUAUUCAGGGAAAAACCAUGGAACAAAUUUUUACAUAAAAUCUAUAAACAAAUUUGAAGAUCAUUCAAUUGGAAAUUCGAAGAAUUGUAUGUCUAAGAUUGGAAAUAUUGGAUUUAAAAGUAAAGAUAAUAUUGAUGAAAUAAAUGGGAAUAAAAAAAACAAAAGUAAUAAAAGCAAAGUAGAAGAAACAACUACAAUGUGUUUUAAUAUUUCUGGAAAUAAUUCUGAUGUUAAAUAUUCCUAUAAUAUGAGUUAUGGUGAAUUAUUAAAAAAAAUAUUAUUUAUACAAAGUAACAUAAAAAAUUGGUUAAAAAAAAGGAAGGAAUGGAAAAUGUAUAAUCUGAAUAAAUAUGUCAAUGAAAACUUGGAUAAAAUAAAAAAUGUUAAUAACUCAAUACACAACGAUAUAUAUCAUAAAAAAAUGAAUUAUGAACAACAUAAUGUAAAAAUUGACAAAAAUAAAAUAAAAAAUUGCUUAAUUUUUAAUAAUUAUAGGAACAAAAAUUCACAUUGUGAAUUUAAGACAGCAAUUGAUACAUAUAAACCAUAUUAUAAUGUUUCAGAUCGAAAAAAACAGGGGAAAAAUAAUAAAAUUGAUCACGAGAUUAAUUCGAAAGUUUAUUCAAUUUUACAAAAAGAAAAUAUUAUACCAAAUGAAUUUAUAAACAUUGACAACAUACGAAGUAGUAAUAAAAAAGAAGAGGAUUCACGAUUUUGUAAAUUACGAAACGCUGAUUAUAUUUUUAAAAAAAUUCAAGAUAUUAAUAAAUACUAUAUCACAGAAACGAGCAAUUCUUACAAUGAGAAUAUUAAUUCACCACUUAAUAAAUAUGAAAAUAAAAGACAAGAAAAAGAAGAACAAAAAACAUUUCUUAAAAGAGAACAUGAUGAAACGGUUAACGAAGUUUACAAUAUUAAAAGUGAUAAUGUAAAUAUCGAUUCAAAUCAGACAAAUAUAAAUAAGAGCAUGGAUUUGCUCAAAUUUUCAGACGUUUUAAAUAAGUAUAAAAAUUAUUAUAUUAACGGAAAUCAUAUGAAUGAAAAUAUAGAUAAUUUUAAAAAUUACAAAAAUUUUGUAAAUAAUUUAAACAAAUAUAAUUAUACAAAAGAUAGAGAAAAUAUUGAUAUUGGGUAA